AUGAUGGAAAACACUAUUCUGAACGGGACCCAGGGGCGUCCCCUACGAACUCGUGUCGUUCAGGUCGUUACGUCCAACCUAGGCGCAUUUCAAGAACAAAGCACUCUCGAAAAUUGGGAGCUUCCUACAGACUCUCACGACCUUGAGCCUCUUCGAGACGCAGCGCGACAUCUGAAGACGACGGACAUACCCAUUGGAUUUCCUACGGAAACUGUAUAUGGACUUGGUGCUGAUGCGACCAGAAGCGCCGCCGUGAAAGGGAUCUACAAGACGAAGGGGCGGCCGUCAGAUAAUCCUUUGAUUAUCCAUAUUUGCGAUCUCACAAUGCUACGGAGCCUACUCAAACCAGCUACUUCUGACAAUGGACACUCAAAAAUCACCGAGGACCCGAUUCCUGAUAUUUACAAACCCCUCAUCAAGAAGUACUGGCCAGGUCCGUUGACGAUUUUGCUUCCAAAUCCUCAACCCAGCAAACUCGCGCCUGAAGUUACUGCUGGUUUGCCUACGUUUGGAGCACGUAUGCCAGAACUACCUCUUGCUCUGUCGCUGAUCAAACUCGCUGGCGUUCCUCUAGCAGCGCCAUCUGCCAAUGCGUCGACCAAACCUUCACCUACGACUGCCGAACACGUCCAUCAUGAUCUUGAUGGCAAGAUUGAGCUCAUCUUAGACGGCGGUCCUUGUGACGUGGGCGUUGAAAGUAGCGUUGUGGAUGGGCUUUGUGAUCCUCCAGUUCUAUUGCGCCCAGGAGGCUUGAGUAUCGAUAAAAUCCGUGAGUGCCCCGGCUGGGAGAAUGUUGUCAAGGGAUACAAAGAUCAGAGCGAAAUUGGUUCUAGUGCGCCGCGUGCGCCUGGGAUGAAGUACAAACACUACAGUCCAAAGGCCAGCGUGACUUUGUUCGAAGCUACGAAAACAAACCCCGACAUGACUGAGCUGCCUCUAGAGAUACGCCAAGCGGUAUUAUCAAUGAACCCGGUAUCUGGAUCAAAGAAUGACAUUCCCAAAAUCGGCAUUGUCAGUACUAGAAACUGGAGGAAUUGGGCUGGUUUCGACCACCAAGAGUCCAAGACACAUGGCGCGGAAUCCCACGAGGAUGUCACCCGCGUCAUCGAGUCUGAUUUCAAAGAACCUUUGGAAAGAACAUCCUGCCAGCUGCAGUAUGGAGAAGUUUGGGUUGGUCAAAAACUAUCUGACAAGUCUACGUCGGAUGAAAUGGAAACCUCCCACAAAGGUCUAGUUGCCAGAAUUAUUGCCAUUGCUCUCGGAAGCGACACCAAAGAUAUUGCUCAUGGUCUUUUUUCUGCUCUAAGAGAACUGGACAAGAGAAAUGUAGACGCCAUAUAUGUGGAAGGCAUUGAGGACCAGGGGGACAUCGCAGCAGCGGUCAUGAAUCGACUUCGCAAGGCAGCUUCAAUUAUCAAGGCAUAA